CUGGAGGGGGACUCCAUGGACCAGGACGUGGAAAGCCCAGUGGCCAUUCACCAGCCAAAGCUGCCUAAGCAGGCCAGGGACGACCUGCCCAGACACAUCAGCCGGGACAGGACCAAAAGGAAAAUCCAGAGGUAUGUGAGGAAGGAUGGGAAGUGUAACGUCCACCACGGCAACGUGCGGGAGACAUACAGAUACCUGACGGACAUCUUCACCACCCUGGUGGACCUGAAGUGGAGAUUCAACCUGUUGAUCUUUGUCAUGGUCUACACCGUGACGUGGCUUUUCUUUGGGAUGAUCUGGUGGCUGAUUGCAUACAUCCGGGGAGAUAUGGACCACAUAGAGGACCCCUCGUGGACUCCCUGCGUUACCAACCUCAAUGGGUUUGUCUCUGCUUUUUUAUUCUCGAUAGAGACAGAAACCACCAUCGGUUAUGGCUACCGGGUCAUCACGGACAAGUGCCCCGAGGGAAUUAUUCUCCUCUUAAUCCAGUCCGUGUUGGGGUCAAUUGUCAAUGCCUUCAUGGUAGGAUGUAUGUUUGUGAAAAUAUCCCAGCCCAAGAAGAGGGCAGAGACCCUGGUCUUUUCCACCCAUGCAGUGAUCUCCAUGCGGGAUGGGAAACUGUGCCUGAUGUUCCGGGUAGGGGACCUGAGGAAUUCCCACAUUGUGGAGGCCUCCAUCAGAGCCAAGCUGAUCAAGUCCAAACAGACGUCAGAGGGGGAGUUUAUUCCCCUCAACCAGACGGAUAUCAACGUAGGGUACUACACGGGGGAUGACCGGCUCUUUCUGGUGUCACCAUUGAUUAUUAGCCAUGAAAUUAACCAACAGAGUCCCUUCUGGGAGAUCUCCAAAGCCCAGCUGCCUAAAGAGGAACUGGAGAUUGUGGUCAUCCUGGAGGGAAUGGUGGAAGCCACAGGAAUGACUUGCCAAGCCCGAAGCUCCUACAUCACCAGUGAGAUCUUGUGGGGUUACCGGUUCACACCUGUCCUAACGCUGGAAGACGGGUUCUACGAAGUUGACUACAACAGCUUCCAUGAGACCUAUGAGACCAGCACCCCAUCUCUUAGUGCCAAAGAGCUGGCAGAGCUGGCUAACCGGGCAGAGCUGCCCCUGAGUUGGUCUGUGUCCAGCAAACUGAACCAACAUGCAGAACUGGAGACAGAAGAGGAAGAGAAGAACCCAGAAGAACUGACGGAGAGGAACGGUGACGUGGCAAACCUAGAGAAUGAGUCCAAAGUGUAG